GCACAACAACAGACAGAUACUAAAUCAGGCCAGUGGACAACGUAUUUGCAACUUCCAGAUUGGGCAGAGUGUUCACAACGCGGGUUCUGACCUCAUCUUUGGGCCGCGAAAAUUGGCAUGCUGUUAUGAGAUAUUUCACGCAUGAGCAUGAUAAGCAUUCUCGUGGACUCGAGUGCACGCGCUUCGUGCAUAUACCUGUCCGAUUGACGUCUGGGGGAUGGUAUCUCCACCCAGGGAUGACCAACAGUCUGUCACCAUGUUCGCGAGGCGGUACGCAGUCCAGUUUUUGGAUCGUGAAACCUAGCCCAUCAGCCAUGAAGUUUCCACGAAGGAGCAUGCCGCUUAGGACUCUACGCGUGAAGCGAGCUCUCGGACUAGACUACGAAUUGCGGAUGAUUUUGUCUUUCAUGCGCAAUUGGUCCACUCGCUUCGUACAUGGGAUGUUGCGAACAUUGGCCCAAAAACAGUUGCAAUAACACGUCCGAGUCUAUUCCAGGGCUGAGAUCUCAUGCGAAUAGCAAGGAUGGUGACUACACCUGCAGAUUCCGGGGACGAACUGCGGGCUGGUACCUAAACUCUAGACUUUAGUGGAACUACCCCGGCUUCGUGAACAAAUUCGAUAUUUUCGGUGGCAACUUCACCUCCCAAACAUUGCGGCACAGGAAUGAACGUAUCGAAACUCGACUGUAGAGUUUACUCACCUGUCUCAUUAUCUCUGGUACGAAGAUUAUGAACAAUUGAGAAUUCAUAUUCGUGAUCGCAGGUGGCAAUUGACUUGCUAUUUUCACGAUCGACAUACUCCACGCUGUCAAGGGACACAAUUGAAUGGAAUCAAAUACAUCCCGCAGUUCUCAUCGACCUCCCUGUGUUCCACCAAAGUCUAUCAUGAGUGCAAGCAGGAACAUCGACGUGUCGAGAAAGCAGCUCACAGCUCGCCUUCCUGUGGGAGGGCACGGGCCCAGGCCGAGAAAUAUAUGAUUGCGGUCCCGCAUGACACUGAAUGAUCCCUCAGGUUGCUCAUAACUCUUACGCCUUUCACUGCUCACAUUAGUCUUGCCUUCGAUUCCUCCCACGGCCACCAUCUCAUCAUCCAUACCUUGGGACCAGGACCAGCUUCUUUCCACCAUGACGUGCACACAAAUGAGCAAGCCCUACGCUCGACCUGAUGCGCAAAGUGACUCUGACGACAUGGACCUUGGAAUUUCCAGCAAAGAAGAGCCUCGAAACAAGGCAGCCCUCGUCGUGAUGUGCGACGAGGAAAACGAUCUGCCUCCAGUCGCAAUAGUAGACCCGAACCGUCCACAUAGCUGUCGCAUAUGCGCCAAGACCUUCAAAUCGAAACAUUACAUGAAGCGACAUGAAGCAAAUCACUCAGGAAAGAAGCCAUGGAGAUGUUCGGAGUGCAACAAGCGCUUCACAGAGAAAAGCAACGCGAUCAAACAUCAGCUUCUGCAUUCGGACAAUCCCAAGCCGUGGUUAUGUCCCGUUUGUAAGAAGACUUUCACGCAGAAGGGUAAUGCACAGGUGCAUGUCAAGAGGGUGCAUGGCUUUGAUCUUCUCGAUAUCCCGAAGAAGGAGAAACAGACGAUGGCUGUGAUCAGCAAUGAAGGAGACCUCGGUGAUACCUUUGCGGUGCCUCGAAGCGCGAUGGAUGCCGUCAGGAAGCCUUCCAGGCCAGACAAGGAAGGCUAUGCACCACCCGUUGGUGAUUUGACCCUGACGCCAAGUCCUGAUCGAAAGCGCAAGCUUGCGCAAGACUGGGAUGUCGACUCGGUGCUUGACUACUCGAAGCUCGCGAGCAUUUCCCCUCCCAACAAGCGAGCCAAGCGGGACGCGAAGUGCAAAGGCAAAGAGAAGGAGCGAAAGCCAUCGGUGUCCUCCUCCGACCAUGACUCGGGGUUUGACGAGGAAUAUCAGUCUUCGCCGACGGAGUCUCCGCAAUCCAAUGGCAGCAGCCUCCCACGCGCUGACGACAGCGAUGAAGAUCAUCGGAAUUUCAAAUUCAAGUUCGACUACUCGCGCAAGCCUGUCGCAGAGAUGGAAUGA